AUGUGGGAACAGGAGGAAUUCGCAAAACACUGGAGGAAUGAAUUUCCUGACGGAAAGGUACCAACAAUGGACUUGAAGUCUGUAGAGGACAUCGAGUCGGAGCUGGAGGCGAGCAAAGCCAACCUGAAGAGGCUGCAGAAGGCUCUGGCGGAGGAGAAAUUCAAGGUGAUCUACCUGCAGACCACCGUGGCUCGGCAGAAGAGCAACGACCCGGAAAGGUUUGAGGAUAAAGAUGAAAACUUUAACGCAGAGAAGCGUUCAUUUUCUAAGACGGGGGAUAUUAGGAAACCGUGGCAGAAGGAGGAUGAGGGCGACGGGCAGAGGACCAAGGUGUCCGAGGCUGGGGGCGUGAGGCUCCACGCGGCAGGUAGUACACCGGGUGUCCUGAGCUCCUUCGGGCGGGAACGAGCCAGGUUCAGCGGCAAGACAGGUAAGCCCGUCCCCAUCCCUGUCCCGCCACGGAGGUUCAACUUUCAGAGAGGGGACACGGCCCCACCUGUCCUUGCCUUACCGAAUGAUAACGAUGUGGUGAGCGACCGAGAAUACGAGGAUACGGAGCUGAAUGAAAACUUCGUCAGGAAUAACUUGUUGGCUCCAAAGAUGGGCGGCAGGGACAACCAGAGGACGUCUAAUUCCCUGCGGCCUUUCCGCCACAGCAGGGACUUUGACUCCGGAGACGACGGCAGGCUGUCCCCGUCCUUCCCGCAGAUUCUCUGCAGACCCUCCCGCGGCUCCGGCUGCAGCACCCCGGACCGGAGGAGUGACGGAUACGUGAGCUCCGACCACGAAGACUCCUCUUCUGCAGACUUUAAUUACAACACAGACGGCUACGAGGGAGACGGAGCGGAGGACGGCAAGUCUCAGGACGGCUCGGAGACGCUGCCCUUCAUAGAUGAGUCUCCCACCAUGUCGCCACAGCUGUGCGCACCCCAAGGGCCCGACGGAGAGGCCGUCUCCCCCACUCCACCAGAGAGCCUGCUGGCAGGGGGAGACGUAGAGAAAGGACUGGAGAUGAAGAAACUGGUGCUGUCUGGUUUCCUGGCCAGCGAGGAGAUCUACAUAAACCAGCUGGAGGCCCUGCUACUGCCCAUGCGACCUCUGAAAGCAACAGCCACAAGCUCGCAGCCUGUCCUCACCAUCCAGCAGGUAGAAACCAUCUUCUACAAAAUCCAGGACAUCUUUGAGAUCCACAAGGAGUUCUACGAUGCCCUCCUACCCAACAUCCAGCAGUGGGACGAGAAGGUCACCGUGGGGCAUUUGUUCCAGAAGCUGGCCAGCCAGCUGGGAGUGUACAAGGCCUUUGUGGACAACUACAAGGUGGCACUAGAGACGGCAGAGAAAUGCAGCCAGGCCAACGUCCAGUUCCAUCAGAUCUCGGAGAACCUCAAAGUAAAAGGUCCUAAAGACUCCAAAGAUUGUACCACAAACGUCUCAAUGGAAGCUCUCCUCUACAAGCCGAUCGACCGUGUCACCAGAAGCACCCUGGUCCUUCAUGACCUGCUGAAACACACUCCUAAGGACCACCCGGACUUCCCACUGCUGCAGGACGCUCUGAGAAUAUCUCAGAACUUCCUCUCCUCCAUCAACGAGGAGAUCGACCCCCGCAGGACCGCCGUCACCACGCCCAAAGGAGAGGCUCGUCAGCUGGUGAAGGAUGGCUUCCUGGUGGAAGUAUCAGAAAGCUCCAGGAAGCUUCGGCACGUCUUCCUCUUCACCGAUCUGCUGCUCUGUGCCAAGAUGAAGAAGACGUCUGUGGGUCGCCAUCAGCAGUAUGAGUGUAAGUGGUACAUCCCUCUGGCGGACCUGACCUUCCAGACCCUGGACGACUCUGACUCUUCGCCCAGCAUCCAGGUCCUGCCCGAGCACGAGAUCGAGGAGAUGAAGAUCAAGAUCUCAGUCCUAAAGAGUGAGAUACAGAAAGAGAAGAAAGCACCGAAGGGGCAGAGUCGCGUGGACCGUCUGAGGAAGAAGAUGAAUGAGCAGGAGUCCUGGCUGCUCCUGCACUCUCCCACCAUCCCUUUCCGCGUCCACAACAAACACGGAAAGAGCUAUCAGUUCCUCCUCUCCUCCGAUUACGAGAGGUCAGAGUGGAGGGAAAGCAUCCAGAAACUCCAGAAGAAAGAUCUCCAGACGUGUUUGUUGAGUCCUGUGGAGCUCCAGGUCCUGACCAGCUCCUGUUUCAAACUCCGAACUGUGCACAACAUUCCUGUCACGAGUAACAAAGACGAUGAGGAGACUCCUGGUCUGUACGGCUUCCUGCACGUGAUCGUCCACUCCGCCAAAGGAUUCAAGGACUCAGCCAAUCUAUACUGCACCCUUGAAGUGGACUCGUAUGGAUACUUCGUCAGCAAGGCCAAGACCCGCGUCUUCAGAGACACCAUGGAGCCACAUUGGAACGAAGAGUUUGAGAUUGAGUUGGAGGGCUCCCUGUUCCUGCGGAUCCUGUGCUAUGAGAACUGUUACGACAAAAGCCUGCUCAACAAGGACGACAACGAGAUUGUGGACAAGAUCAUGGGAAAGGGGCAAGUCCAGCUGGAUCCUCAGACAGUGCAGUCCAAGAACUGGCACAUGGACGUCAUAGAGAUGAACGGGAUCAAAGUGGAGUUCUCCAUGAAGUUUACAAGUCGGGACCUCAGCUUAAAGAGAACGCCGUCCAAAAAACAGAGCGGGGUGUUUGGAGUCAAAAUCAACGUGGUGACAAAGCGCGAGCGCUCCAAGGUGCCUUACAUCGUCCGGCAGUGCAUUGAAGAGGUGGAAAAGAGGGGGAUCGACGAAGUGGGAAUCUACAGGAUCUCAGGGGUGGCCACUGACAUCCAGGCCCUCAAAUUAGUGUUUGACACCAAUACCAAAGAUAUCCUGGUGAUGCUGAGCGACAUGGACAUCAACGCCAUCGCAGGAACACUUAAGCUGUACUUCAGGGAGCUGCCGGAGCCUCUGCUCACCGACCGCCUCUACCCCGCCUUCAUGGAGGGCAUCGCGCUCUCUGACCCCGCAGCCAAGGAGAACUGCAUGAUGCACCUGCUGCGCUCCCUGCCGGACCCCAACCUCAUGACCUUCCUCCCCCUGCUGGACCACCUCAAACGCGUGGCGGAGAAGGAGCCCAUCAACAAGAUGUCCCUCCACAACCUGGCCACGGUGUUUGGCCCCACUCUGCUCAGGCCCUCAGAGUCCGAGAUCGCAAAGGCUCAGCACAUCACCUCUGCCUCUGACAUCUGGUCACAUGACGUGAUGGCGCAGGUCCAGGUGCUGCUCUACUACCUGCAGCAUCCUCCCAUCUCCUUCGCGGAACUGAAGCGCAACACGCUCUACUAUUCCACUGACGUUUAAACCACCCCCACCAUCACCACCUCCCUCAGGGCGCCAUACGGAGAGGAGAGAGAGAGAGACUCCAUACAAACCCUGGUCCUCGCCGACCGGUGGUCCUGCCUCAGCUCUCCUCCCAGCAGGCUGCUCAUCUUGACUGUACAGCCCCCCCCCCCUUCCCCUCACCCACACACACACACACACACAUCCCUCCCUGAACCCACCACCUUCUCCCCCAGUCCUGAAAAGAGAUGAAGCCUGUCAAUAUGGAGGCGGUGACGGAGACUUCCCGGUCAUCUAUUCGUCACGUUUGUAAACUAAGGAGAGUAAAGCCCCCAGCGCCUCCCGCUCCCAGGACCGCAAGGCAUUCUGGGAACUCAUCAGGGAAAUCUAGAGGGGGUCAGGGUCACGUGGUGUCAUCUAGCGAGUACUUUCCAGACGACUCCAGCUUCUUAUUCCUUGAUCAGAGGCAUGCCAGAAAAAAUGGCAUUUUCAUGUGUGAUAAUUAUGUUUUCUUUCCUUUUUUCUGUCUUUCUGGCCUAAUGCAUGUGGUGGAGGAGACCGGGGGUGUGAGUGACGACGUGGAUGCACUUGAGUGAGUGAGUGUGUGUUUAAAGGGACUAUGAGAACUUGUGAGGUUUAGAAGUGGCUGGGAAGCCGUCCUAAUACAUGGCUGGUGAUGCGUCUCCCCGUUCUGACAGGACGAGAGAGAGCUGCCCUCCCCGGUGAGUCUCGGCCAAAUUAGCCCUAUUUAUUUUAAAUAUAUAUAAUAUGUGUGCCUGUACAGUUCUGUGCAACUAGAGAAAUGCUCAAAGGAGUCUGUUUUUUGAAGUUUAUUCAGGUAGUGAUGUUAUUUUUAGCUUCUCAUUCACUAUGUCCAUGGUUGGUAAGCUGUACUGAAAAGAUGGACAUAAAGUCUGCCAGUUAAUUUCAGAUCACUUCGUAAAGGAAGGGCACUCUGGGACAUGAGGGUUGUUGGGGGUAAAACACAACAAAUGGAACAUUCUUUUUAUUUCUCUCAUUGUUUCAUUGCAAGCCUGUUCCAAGUGUCUUACUGCACCGGUAUAAUCUAUAGAGUUGAUUUGUGUAGUUGCCCUCAUUGCAUGUUCAGCUUGUCAAUCAAACCAGCCGGGGUAACAGAAAGGUAGGUUGUCUCUGCGCGGCCCGCUGAGACUGGCUGAUCCCAUCUCUGCUCUGUACAAAGCCCACCUUUCUGCUAUCAAGCCUGCGACAUAUCUUAAAAUACUGUAAGCACUGCUAGAUGAGUACUAUUUGAUAUUUUUAAUAUAAGAUGAAAAUAAAAAUAAAAAAUGUUGUAUUUUACUUCCUUUGAGAAGAAUUUCAAUAUACUGUAAUUUUGAGGAUUAAAUGUCUGUGAACUUUUCCCCCCAUUUUUUUUUAGUAAAAUAAAAGUUACCAAAACACUC